CUCCGGCUCCGGGCUCGCGCGUUUAUUUAUUCCCACCCCGCCGCUCCUCACGUCUCGCCGUCCUUCCCCCCCUCAUCACAGAGCUCACGCACCACCAGAGCCGAGAGGAAAGGCGACUAUAGCAGGCAUGGCGACGCGGGCGGACGUGGAGAAGGGCGGCGUGGUGAGGAAGGAGCCCGGCAAGGUGCCGUCGCCGCUGUACCCGCAGCACGAGGGGGAGAGGGAGUGGGUGCCAUGGAUCGUCCCCGUCUUCUUCGUCGCCAACAUCACAGUCUUCGUCAUCACCAUGUACGUCAACAACUGCCCCACGCACACCACCACGCCGCGCGACGCCAAGUGCGUCGCACGAUUCCUCGGCCGCUUCUCCUUCCAGCCGCUGCGACAGAACCCGCUCCUCGGACCAUCCUCCGCCACGCUCACCAAGAUGGGGGCCCUUGUUUGGGAGAAGGUGGUGCACCACCACCAGGGCUGGCGCCUCCUCUCCAGCAUGUGGCUCCACGCCGGCGUCCUCCACCUGGUCGCCAACAUGCUCUGCCUCCUCUUCGUCGGCAUGCGCCUCGAACAGCAGUUCGGAUACGUGAGGAUCGGUGCGAUCUACAUCCUGUCCGGCCUAGGCGGCGCCGUGCUGUCGUCGCUCUUCAUCCGUAACCACAUCUCCGUGGGUGCCUCAGGCGCGCUCUUCGGCCUGCUGGGCGCCAUGCUCUCCGAGCUCAUCACCAACUGGACCAUCUACACCAACAAGGCGGUGGCCGUGGCGACGCUCCUGUUCGUCGCCGCCGUCAACCUGGUGCUCGGCAUCCUGCCCCACGUCAACAACUUCGCGCACAUCGGCGGAUUCCUCGCGGGGUUCCUCCUCGGCUUGGUCGUGCUCAUGCGCCCGCACUUCGGGUGGAUGGAGCGAUACAGCAUGCCCGCCGGCGCACCCUGCACCGCCAGGAAGUACCUCGCUUACCAGUGGAUCCUCCUCGCCGUCGCCCUGCUCCUCCUCGUCGUCGGAUUCGCGGUCGGCAUGGCGAUGGUCUUCCGCGGCUCCAACGCCAACGACAGCUGCCACUGGUGUCACUACCUCAGCUGCGUGCCCACCGCCAGAUGGAACUGCACCAACUGAUCAUCCAGCAGCAGCACGAGUUGCCACCUUUUUUAAUUCCUCUCUCUCCUUCGUAUAUCCUACCCAGCUUGUCAUGCAUACACAUACUACACACAGUUGUAAUUCCUUUCGGCCGGGGUACUGUUACUGUAGAUAGCUUCUUUGAUGGGGGUUGUGAACUGUAGAGUCCCGUUGAGAUCUUAUCUCCUGUUCAUUUGAUUCAUUCUUUUACAUAAUGCAAUGCUAUUAUUGAGAUUUGGAA